AUGACGUCCAUAGCGGGCAAAGUGGCGCAGCAGCAGGCGCGAGCCGGCGGUGUCGGAACCAAUGACACAGCCGUGAAGUUCGGCGACCAGGACUACAAGACUCUGAGGAGCCGCUGUCUGCAGCAGGGCUGUAAUUUUGCACAGAUCACCAACGCCUAUGACCGAGAAGCUGAGAUGGCCCUCAAGCUGGUAAAAGGACACGCAUAUUCUAUCACGGGUGCUGAGGAGGUGCACAUGCAAGGCCACAGUAUCCAGCUGUUGCGGCUCCGGAACCCCUGGGGGAAGGUAGAAUGGACCGGCCCUUGGAGUGACAGAUCGGGGGAAUGGGACAAGAUCGAUCCGAGCGAAAAAGCCAGGCUCAGGAAAGCUGCUGAAGACGGGGAAUUUUGGAUGGCCUACACUGACUUUAUUCAGCAAUUCACGGACCUAGACAUAUGUAACCUCACCCCAGACACUCUGACCAGUAACAAGUUGGGCUCGUGGAACUACUAUGAGUUCAAUGGCCAGUGGAGGGUUGGCUCCACUGCUGGGGGCUGCCUGAAUAAUCGAGCCACCUUCGCGUCCAACCCCCAGUUUGCCAUCAAGCUGGAGGAAUUGGACGACGAGCCCUUUGAUGGGAAGCACGGCUGCUCCUUUCUGGUCGGCCUCAUGCAGAAAGACGUCCGUAAGAGUCGCAGACUCGGCCAGGAUCUCAACACCAUCGGCUUCUGUAUAUAUGAGGUUCCUUCAGAGUUCCAGGGCUGCACUGAUGUCCACCUGGGCCUCAAGGUGCUCCUGCAGCACCAGCCCGUGGCCAACAGCAGCACCUUCAUCAAUUCUCGCGAGGUCUGUGACCGCUUUCACCUUCCACCAGGCGAGUACGUCAUCAUCCCCUCCACCUUUGAGCCUCACAAGCGCGGCAGCUUCCUGUUGCGGGUCUUUGCUGAGAAGCAAGCGAGCACCAGACCAAUGGCAGCAGGUCUGAGCAUGAAUGUAGUCCAGAAUAAAAUUUCGAAAGAUGACAUGGAUCCCCAGUUCAAGCAGCUCUUCAAGGAAAUUUCAGGAAAUGAUUCAGAGCUGUCAGCACCUGAGCUACUGCAGGUUUUGAACCACGUCUUGUCAAAAAAAACAAGCAUCCCGUCAGAAGGCAUCACACUGGAGACCUGUCGCAGCAUCGUCAAUCUCCUGGAUAAAGAUGGAAAUGGGAAGCUGAGCCUAACCGAGUUCCAUGUUCUCUGGAUGAAGAUCCAGCAGUAUCAGAAAAUCUUCCGGAGCGCUGAUGCUGACAACUCUGGUGCCAUGAACAGCCACGAGAUGAGAGAGGCUCUCUCCCAAGCAGGUUUCCAGGUGAACAACGCGGUGCUUCAGGUCAUUGUGAGCCGUUAUGCCAAUUCAGAGUCUUCAGUCGACUUUGACAGCUUCCUGAGUGCCUUGAUUCGAGUCGAGAUGCUCUUCAGAAUGUUCGAAAAGCUUGACAUGAAUAAAUCUGGGAAAAUUGAGCUGGACAUGUCACAGUGGUUUUGUGUGGCUAUGAAUUAAACUCCAGAUCAGAGGAAGGUGUCAAAUCUGCAACUGCCAGGAGAUGCAACUGGGAAAAUGAUGCAAGUUGAGAGUUCAAAGUUUGAGAACAGAUAAGAUACAACGAAAGUCAGGUUAUAAUUUUUUUUUUAAAAGUAGUUCGUUCAUGUUUAGCCUACUGUAUUGGAAAUGGGGUUUUUCUUUCACAAAAUGACUUAUUAUUCUAGUUUUAUGUGUAGGACGGUUGCUUUUACUGUACUGUUUAUCACGUCAGUAGGGUGUUUGGCAUAUAUCCUAUGGCUUUUAUUUUGCUUUUCCUUGUCAUAACAGGUGAUCUUUAUAACAGUUAAGCCACUGUUUUGUACAGCUUAACUGAUCCUAUAUGUGGUCUAUUAAAGAAAAUAAGCUGACGUAUAUCGUGUGCUGCAUGUGGAAUGGCUGAUCUUAAUAAUAAAAGGACAUUUAAAAUGUU